UAUGAGCCGGUACUGGCACCGGCGAGCUGUCGGCGCUUAAUGAAGGGUGGAAGUGUGUGAUUGUGUACAGAGGGACAGCUGGGAUUUAACGCCGAGUGAGGCCCGCUAAUGUGUGGACGGUAAAAGCUGAUGAAGUUCACCAGAGAUAUCUGCCGGCUGCUGGGCUUAGGAGGCGACGGUUCUGGAGAGGAGGAGAUGGAGGCUCAGAAUGGACCCCAUGACCCAUCACACAGGAGGAAAGAUCAGAAGUCAUCACAGGCCAUGAUGAACAAUGAACAGGAUUUGGAUGAUGAGGAGAGAACAAGAAGGAGAGCUGAAAGAAGGAGGGCCAAAAGGAAAAGGCAGAAAGAACGGAGGAAACUAGAGCGUAAGGAGAGGAUGGAGGAUGCUUCAGAGCAGGAAGAAGAAGCAGCUGGAGAAGUGUCAGAUACUGACAGUGAAGAGGAGAUGAAAGAAGAAGAGCGAUGGACUGCGGUUCACCCCAGAGCCAGAUGCAACCCUGAAUCAGUGACUGCCCUCGUGGCAACAGAGAGCAAGACGAAUCACCAGCUGUCCCACAGGAUGUCAGAUGAGGAGCCAGAGUGGGAUAUCAGCAGUGCAUUUGUGGCCAACGCUGCCAACACCAUUAAACUGAAAGGCCUGAUGAACAGAGCAAAGCAAAUCUCCAGAGAGAACAAGGAAAAUGAGGCCAGGAGCAGCCAGGAGGAGAACACAGAAGAAAUGAGGAGGAUGGGGGAGUCCCUGACAUUGCAGGGCAUUAAGAUGUUUGAGCAAGCCCAGUACACCGAGGCGGUGGACAUGUUUACAGAAGCUAUCUUCUGCGACCCCAAAGAUCACAGGUUAUAUGGAAAUCGGUCUUACUGUCACUGGUUUCUGGAGCAGUACUCCUCAGCUCUGAGUGAUGCUCGAAGGUCCAUCCGGCUCGCUCCCGACUGGCCGAAGGGAUACUUUCGCAAGGGCUGUGCUCUGGUGGGGUUAAAGCGGUACAGUGAAGCAGAGAAGGCCCUGGAGAAGGUGCUGGAGUUGGAUCAGAAUUGUAAGGAAGCAUCCAAAAAACUCUUUAACUGUCGCGUCGUUCAGCUCAUGGAGAUGGGUUUCGAUGAGGCGCAGAGCAAAGAGCUUCUGCAGAAGUUCACCACUGUUCAGGCAGUCGUCAACUCAUUUGAAGCCAGAACUCUGAAGCUCUUUUCUCAGCAGGACCAGAGUGGAAACUGUCGCUCUUUGUGGGUUGGGAACGUUACACAGGAAGUUACAGAGAAGGACCUUUGUGAUCUCUUCAAAAUCUUCGGUGAGAUUGAAAGCAUCAGAGUUCUUCAUGAACGCUUCUGUGCCUUUGUCAACUUCAAGAACGCCAACAUGGCUGCCAAAGCCCUGGACAAGCUGCAGGGGGUGGAGCUCGGGGGCAACAAGCUGGUGAUGCGGUACCCAGAUCGCUGGAUCCACAGGACUGUGCCCUCCGUGCAAAGAAGCAACAGCAGCUUUUGCUCCAACACUGCAGGAACUCAGCCAAGUCCAGCUGCCUCUGGGUCCCGAUGGCGGGCACCUUUAAAUGGAGAUGAGUGCUUUUACUGGCGGACCACAGGCUGUUUCUAUGGCGACAAGUGCCGCUUCAAACACAUACCAGACCAGCAAGGUCGAGACAAGAAGCCUUGGCAACCAUGAUGUCCCUUAUCUUUCCAGCUCCUGCCCGCAAGGCACAUCAAAGAAGGACAAGGGAACAAGAAAAGCAGCGAUCGGUGAGGAAGAGGAGAAGACGGUCCACUUGGGAACACUGACAACUGAAUGUUUGUGAAGAAACCUGAGACAUGGAUCACAUGUGAUAACCAAAGUCAGAAGAUGUGACUCUGAAAUAAUGAAGGACAUUAUGCAGACCCUGAUCCGGGGAAGAAUAAAUCCAUUUUAAAUAAAAUCUUGUAGCAGGGAUGGUCCUCAGUGGAAAUGUAUUUCUUGAGGCUUCACUUGGAUUUCAGAAACAGCCACAGGAGCUCCUGGUUUGUGCACAGACGCAUGUCACAGAGAUUUAUGGGCCAGAUGUUUGGUUGAACCAUGUUGGAAACACUUUAGUCCGACACUGGGGUAGAUUUUAAAAUUAAGUUAUUUUCAUAUCAGUAAAACGAGAUUUUGCAUAUAAAAUGUAUAAAUAUUUGCAUAAAACAAUAAAA